CUUGUCAUGACCAUCCUGCCCAAGAAGAAGCCCUGCCCGGCGGCGGGGGACGGCGACCGGGACCAGCCGGGCUCCCGCGGGGGAGUGGCAGGCGGCCCCGGGGGCCCGGGCGGCGUCGGCGGCCCGGACUCCCGCGGCUGCUCUGGCUCCGACUCCCACCCUCGAGGCCCCGGCGGCGGCGUGGGAGGCGGGGUGGGCCCGGGGGACGCGCACUCGGGCCGCGGCGGCGCCCGCCCGCGGGCCUCGCCUCCCCCGCCGCCGCCCCGCUGGGGGCUGCCCCCGGCCGGCUCCCCUCCGCCCCCCAACCCGGGCGUGGGGCCUGGCGGCGACGGGCCGGGCUUGGGCCUGCUGGACCCGGGCGUGGUGGGCGAGGCGCGGGGCGGCGGCGGUGGCGGCGGCUGCUGCUCCGGCCCGGGCCACAGUAAGAGGCGGCGGCGGGGCGGCCCUGGUGGCGGCGGAGGGCUGGGGCUCGGCGGGGCGGCCGGCCCCGGCGGUGGGGGAGGCAACAGCCCCGAGCAAGACGAGGCCGGCGCCGGCUACAACAGCGAGGACGAGUACGAGACGGCGGCCGCCCGCAUCGAGAGCAUGGACCCGGCCACGGUGGAGCAGCAGGAAAACAGGUUCGAGAAGGCGCUGAGAGAGAAGAAAGGGUUCAUCAUAAAGCAGAUGAAGGAAGACGGGGCCUGCUUGUUCCGGGCUGUGGCCGACCAGGUAUACGGUGACCAGGACAUGCACGAAGUGGUCAGGAAGCACUGCAUGGACUACCUGAUGAAGAACGCCGAUUACUUCUCCAAUUACGUGACGGAAGAUUUCACCACUUACAUCAACCGGAAGCGGAAAAACAACUGUCACGGCAACCAUAUCGAGAUGCAGGCAAUGGCGGAGAUGUACAACCGACCUGUGGAGGUUUACCAGUACGGUACAGAGCCCAUCAACACUUUCCACGGCAUCCAUCAGAACGAGGAUGAGCCCAUCCGGGUCAGCUACCACCGCAACAUCCAUUACAACUCCGUGGUGAACCCUAACAAGGCCACCAUUGGCGUGGGGCUGGGGCUGCCCUCCUUCAAGCCAGGGUACGCCGAGCAGUCCUUGAUGAAGAACGCGAUCAAGACGUCGGAGGAGUCGUGGAUCGAGCAGCAGAUGCUGGAGGACAAGAAGCGAGCGACGGACUGGGAGGCAACCAACGAGGCCAUCGAGGAGCAGGUCGCCCGGGAGUCUUACCUGCAGUGGCUGCGGGACCAGGAAAAGCAGGCCAGACAGCCUCGUAAAGCCAGCGCCACCUGCAGCUCCGCCACAGCGGCCGCAGCCAGCGGCUUGGAAGAAUGGAGCGGCCGCUCCCCCCGUCAGCGCAGCUCAGCGUCUUCCCCGGAGCACCCGGAGCUGCACAACGAGCUGAACGCUGCCAAGCCCGCCUCCCCCGGGAGCACCGCCGCUCUAGCACUUACCAAACCCCCCUCGCCCUGCGCCCCCGGUACAAGCAGCCAGCUGUCAGCCGGCGGUGGCCGAGCAACCCCUCCCUUAGUGUCGUUGUAUCCGGCCUUGGAGUGUCGGGCUAUAAUGCAGCAGAUGUCCCCCACGGCAUUUGGCCUGAGCGACUGGGACGACGACGAAAUCCUGGCAUCGGUGCUAGCGGUGUCGCAACAGGAGUACUUGGAAAGCAUGAAGAAGAGCGCCCUGCAUAGAGACAGUGGUUCCGACAAGAGUUGAUAACUCGCCGGGGCCCGCCCGGUGCUCGCCCGACACCCCUUAGGUGCAUGUUUUGGCAGGAAGGAUGACAAUACCUGGGACCCCUCCCCUCCUCCUCCGCUGCUGCUGAUCCAGGCUCCUUCGGCCGCUCUGCGCUCUCCCCACUUUGAGCUCUCUGCAUCCGACUCCCCCCACCAGUGCAAGGAGGGAGGAGGCACACGAGAGGGACAGGACCUCCUACACGAGGAGCUGGAAUAUGCACAGACUGGGGCGCGCUGGGCCUCUCCUCCCCCCCUUUCAUCAGCCCUUCCUUCAUUAUUAAAGGCAACGAUCGAUCCGGUCCGGAGGGAGCCUCUCCCCGCUUCGAGGGGGGUGCAGCUCGACCUCGGGGAAGUGAACUGAAGUUGGAUUGGGGGGGGGGGGGGGACAGAGCGAAGCUUUGCAAGUGAGGGAGCCGCCCCCUCCCUUUCCUUUCCCGGAUUCUGCAGUGCAGUAAAUAGGAGAGUGUGCGGGGUUAGGGGAGAAGUUUCCUGCUCUUCUCACUGGUGUCCUGCCCCCUCCGGGAAAGGGACGACAGGGCAGGAGGCCCCGGUCCUGCAGCCGUUUAAAAUCAUGCGGCCUUCAUCGCCGGGGGCAAAGGGGGGGAGGUUCCGCUUCUCAUCUGCACCGGAACCCACUCAGAUCGCUGUCAUUUUCCUCCUCCUCUCCUCUUCAUCUCUCUGCACUCCCCCAUCGGUUGACCUGCAGUGCCUGACCUCCACCAAGCCUCAGCGCUCCUCUGGGUCUCGCUCACUCCAGCUCGCUUCACGGGUCGUCGCUGGCCUUUUCUCCUGCUGCCGCCUCUUCCACUCUCCCCGUGCCUAGCAGCAGGGGAAGGCCGCCGCUCACCUCUCAGCCCGACUUCCCCCUUGGCAGUCAGCCAGCCUGGCCUUAAUAGCAGAACACCGACAGAAGGUCAAAGGGUGGGGGUGGCCGCUUCCGGGGUGGUCAGGGGCCCGCCCGUAGAAACUGCUCCUUGAAUCCCAGGAAGAGGGCCAGUUCCAACAAGGGGGAAGGGGGGGGGAACUGGUCUGCUAGCUUCUAGACCACUUGGUGCAAAAUAACCCCUCCAGAAUCGGCCUCUGGCAACCUUACCUCUUUCAGCCGUGGCGUCUUCCUUGCUCCCGCUACAGUCAUCACCACCACCACCCCCCACUGGACUCUCCUAUAUGCUAUCUGUGACCUCGAUCUCCGGGACUGAAGCCGAUCCUUCCAGCUGUCCGUUCUCAAGCCAAGGGUGCGCCAUCAGCCGCUCGCUUCCAUGUUGCGCCUCCGCGCCAAGUCUCAAAUCCUAGAAAGGGGUGGGCAGGAGUCGGUCACGCUUCUGGCCCCUUAACCUUCGGGAGAUCCGAAGAGGUGGUUUCACAGACCCGGGGGCCUACCUGCUGCUAUAGGAACACGGAUCCGGGAAACCCCACCCCGUUAGAAGACUGGUUUUAAAAUAAUCUGGUGCCUGAAAUAAAGUAUGGGCAGAGUUGACCUCCUGCACUGCUUCUCUCUCUAUUUCUCUCUUCCCACCCGCCCCCUGCUUCUCUUCCUUUGUCCUUCCUUCCCCCUUCUAACCUCUGGGGCAGGGGGUUAUCUCAGUACAAACCAGGAACCAACAGGGACACCGUGAUUCCUGUCCUCAGUGAGAACAAAAUCACCCAGCCUCCCUUGCUCAAUCAUACACUUUCUAACCCCCCAGGAAACUUUUCCCCCUUUUGUGGGCGGCGCCUUGGGGCCACUCACCCAGAGGCUCCGCCCAGGUGCUGGUGGUUGCACCAGUGGAAAUCUCAAGAUGCCUUGACCGGGAACGCCAAAUUCUGCAAGGCCGGUGUAAGCAGAGUAAAUUAUGUAAAUACGACUUUUAUUUGAUCUAGUAAAGCAAAUCAAAUAGAUUUUUGAGAUAUAUUAAAUGGAGAAUGCCCACA